AAAGAUACAUAUGAGAUCAAAACAUUUAGCAAUUUAUAAUAACUCAGAAACAAAAUGGACACAUUCUAAAAUAGAUCACAAAUAUAAAUGUAAUUAUUGUGAUAAUACUUAUGAACCAGUAUAUAGAACUGAUUAUUUGAUAAACCACAUAAUAAAUAGUCAUAAACUUAAUAAAGAAAUAGCAAAUAAACUCCAAACCUGGGUGAUUGAUCAAUUCAUUAUUCCGAAAUGCGAAAUUUGCAAACAAUUUAGUAAAUACCAUGCCUUUAUAUUUAUGAUACAUUUAAAGAAAGUUCAUGAUGUCAUUGUACCUCAAGAAUUCAUACCACAGAGAUUAUCAAUUAGAUUAAAAAAUCUUUUUAAUCCUUGUAAAAAUGUUGAAAACAUUCCAACAUCAACCAGCAAUAAUCAUCAGCAGCCAUCUAUACUUAGAACUUACUUUAAGGAUUAUGAUCCGACUUUUAUUUCUUCCGAUACAUUUGAAUUAUCACAUACUUCAAGCAAUCUUUUAAGUUCUGGUAACGAUACUGCAACAUCAAGCAGUUUUUAUCAGUCAAUUGUCAGUUGACCUUACUGAUUCUGAGGAAUGUGUCGAUA